UACGGCGGACGUUAGUCACGCUUGGUGGCGUUCUGACCUUGGUUGCGGCGGUGGAAGAAUAUUGAGAGUGUGCUCCGGCUGUUGUAGGAAGAGGAGACCCUGAGCAGCUGACGUCUCUUCCGCUGACCUAGCAACGCCUGUACGCGUCUCCUCCGUCGCUCCUGCCGCACAACACCACCUGUCGUACCCACAGCAGCGCGCACACACACCCAGCACCAUGCCCGGAGAAACCGCGGAGACUGCCCCGGCGGAAAACGCCACUAGCCAACCCGAUGAGCCCGAGAAGCCUGCCGCGGACGGGGAGGCGACCAAGGCGGCGGAGGAUGCGGCACCUGAGCCCGAGGCGCCGCCCGAGAAGGAGGUGCGCACCGUGGUGCUCUCCGGCUACGGCGGCAUCAACAAGGUGAAAGUCAUGCGACGUUCGGAGCCGAAGCCCGCAGAAGGAGAGAUCUUGGUGAGAGUUAAGGCGUGCGGUCUGAACUUCCUGGACCUGAUGGUUCGCCAGGGGAACUUGGAGAACCCGCCCAAGUGUCCGGCCGUCAUGGGGUACGAGUGCGCAGGCGUGGUGGAGGCUCUGGGGGAAGGCGUCACCGGAUUUGAGGUGGGGGCCCAUGUGCUCGCCCUGUCAAACCUUGGCGCCUGGUGCGAGCUGGUGGCGGUGCCGGCCAAACACUGCUUCCAGAUCCCGAUGAGAAUGAGUUUUGAGGACGCCGCUGCCUUCCCCAUCAACUUCCUCACCGCCUACAUCAUGCUGUUCGAGAUCGGCAACCUGAAGAAGGGCAAGUCCGUCCUGGUCCACUCCGCAGGGGGAGGGGUGGGCCUGGCGGUGGCGCAGCUGUGUAAGACGGUGGAGAACGUGACGGUGUUCGGUACGGCCUCCCCACACAAACACGACACCAUCAAGGACCACUUCGACCAUCUAUUCCUCAGCGGCAGUGACUACACGGCAGAAAUAAGGAAACUCUCUCCGUCUGGUGUGGAUAUUGUGUUGGACUGUCUGUGUGGGGACGAUACAAACAAGGGGAUCGCGCUGCUGAAGCCCAUGGGGAAGUACGUGCUGUACGGCUCCUCCAACAUCGUCACCGGGGAGACCAGAAGCUUCUUCAGCUCCGCCAAGGCCUGGUGGCAGGUUGACAAAGUGAACCCGGUGAAGCUGUACGAUGAGAACAAGACUAUCGGCGGGUUCCAGCUGCUGCGGCUGCUGUACGACCAGGACCAGCACGAGCUGAUCCGGGAGACCAUGGCCACCCUGCUGGACAUGUUCUCUAACGACAGGAUCAAACCGGUCAUCGACUCGUGCUGGGCGUUCGAAGAGGUAGGGGAGGCCAUGCAGAAGAUGCACGAUCACCAGAACAUAGGCAAGCUGAUCCUGGACCCAGGCAUGGACAAGACACACAAGACUCCAGCCGAGACCCCGGACACCAGUGACGCAGACGAGGUGAAAGGUCAGCAGAACGAGGAGACGCCCCCUGCCGAGGCCGCAGCCAAGGAAUAGAUCAGGACGAGAAACAGUUCAGAAAGAACAACGCAUAUCUUUGUCGGGCUCCUCUGGACAACAGUCUACAGAUCUGUGCCAGCUAUACCCUAUCGUUACCCUAGAAAACAAACGCUGAACGAACGCAGAAAAAAACUGUUAACCAUAUCUAAACCGGUUCCAUAUCUAUCAGAUUUAACGUAUAUUUACGUACAUAUCGUGCAGCUCGAGUAUUUGUGCAAGACUUUUGUGUAGAUAUUGUGUUCUUCAGGUGGAAAACUGUUAUUGUUGUAAGUUAGAUGGGUAGCUGUUAGCAAUUAAAGAUAUAUAUGUGGGUUUCGUGGCAUAUGUAUAUUUGGCUGUUUGUGUUCAAAAUAUGUUUGUAACAAUGUAUGGUCGCAAGUCUUCGUUUUGCGAGGUAUGUUUCGUUUGGUUGCCAUUACAAUUUGUGUACUUAGGUGAGAAAAGCAUGGUGGAAGAGGGACCAUGACUUCCUUACACCAGUUACAUCGGCAUUCAGCUGAGAUGUGAAGAAACAUGUCUUUGUGCAAUGUUUGGGAUGUAAGAAAACCGUAACGAAGCGCUACCAAUUAUCGUCUGAUUUAUUCGCAUUAUCUGAUGCGGAAACAGAGUCAAAUUUGUAACCAUGCUGAGUCAUAUUUGUAACCAUGCUUCCAAGUAGUUUGUUAUUGCUUUAGGAGUUUAUUCUGUUGUGUCUCUUGAUGACAACAUUUUUGUUUGUAUGAUAAAGGGGAUUCAUAACUUAGGAUCAUGUCAUUUUUGUGUGCACGACCCAGUUAACAAUAAUACUGGCAGUGCGCGAUAGUUGGUAGCGCUACGUUGGCUGAGCUGAGAUACAUAUCUCACUGACGGAGGGCUAGCCCACGCUUCCAGAGCGCCAUAAUCAUGAGAUUCCUCUUCAAUUGACUUAAUCCCUUAAGACAUACGAACAUCAAUCUUUGUAAGGUUUACAUUGCAAAAAAAGCAACUGGUUAUUUGGAAGGUAAGGAUUAGUGGUGGAUCUAACGGUGAAAAUGUCAAAGUGAUACAUGUAUCCUAUGUCGAAAUAUAUCUUUUUCGAAUGAUUUCUGAUUUCUUCCAUAAGCGCCUCUUUCAAUUGAUUUCUUUAAAAAAGCAAAUAGGCACG